UUUCACGUCAUCCUAGGCCUCAAAUUCUGCUAUCCCAUUCUAUUUCACAAACAAGGAGUACCGAGCAGUCAUGAGUUGGGCAAAAGUAUCAGAGCGCCGCUGGGAGCGCCCUGUCACCGGAAUGGAGGGUUAUUUUGUCUAUACGGGGUCAAUGUCAGCUGCCCACUGCGAUGGCCGCCACCAGUACACCAUCUUCUCUAAGCUGAGGGUUGAUCUCGAUAUUAACCCAGCUGACAUCGAAUCUGCGUUAAAGCGCGCCUGGAAGCAGUUACGGUCUGAACAGCCCCAGAUCGCUACCGUAGUUGAUGGCACGACGAUGGUCUAUGAGGUUCCCGAUGAGGCAGCUUUGCAGAACUGGCUUGCCUCGACCUUUGUUAUCUCAUCGGCUGCAGAUGCAGAGGAGUUAUGCCGCAAUGUUGAGCCGAUCAAGCAAGUUACGCUGUACUAUAUUCCGAAGUCAUCGGAGCUUGUAUUGCGCGCUCAGCAUUACACAAUUGAUGGGACCGGUACACUAUUGCUCUGGGACCGCUAUCUAACAGCCUUGACAACUCCAGUCGAGGUUACAUUCGGUGACGAACAUACCAGAUUGGCACCCUCCAUUGAGGAAGUGCUCAAAGUAUCUGAGCCGACGCCAGAGGAGACUGAGAAAGCAACAGCUCUCCUCAUGGGGUAUGCGACCAAAGCUCCGGGCGUUGGCCCAGUGUCUAAAGUUGGCACCGUACCUGCCGGCCGGUCCCAGAAUGUCGAAAUGACAUUCCCCACGCGGACAACAGAAGCAAUUAUCAAGAUAUGCAAAGAAAAAGGCAUCAGCGUUACCUCUGCCGUACACGCAGCGUACAUCCAGGCGAUUAUCAAACAUGCUAAUCCCAAUGGCACUUUAUCCCACUAUGCAAACUUAGGGCUGUUCAACCUGCGACCAUAUCUCCCAAAACCCUACAACACGAACGAGUACGCGGCUUCGGUUUACUACACACCUCUUCCGUUAAACAUGGACCUACCUUCGCAAUUCUGGGAGACAGCCCGCACACUGGAUAAUUAUUAUGGUACCAGUGUUAAAAAUGACCCUGAGAUCCUGCCCUUGCACGCACACAUGACACGCGUCCUCUGCCAAGCUAUUCAGAUGCCCGAGUACCAGGGGGGCCCCAUUCCUGGAGAUGCACAGGUCAGCAGCCUGGGCAUCGUCGAGCGGUAUAUACAGCACACAUAUGGCAGCACGGCCAAGGUUCUGGACGUGAAGCUGGGCGUCGAGAUUGUUCUCGGCAUGACCAUGUUUUUCAUAUACACGUUCCGCGACCAGCUGCGGCUCGUGUACAGCUUCAACGAUGGGUAUGAGGAACCAGCACACAUUAGCAUGUACCUGGAGGAGGUUCAGAAAGUUUUAACCGAGGAAUUAUUGGCGUGAUGAGGAUCUCAAAUAGGGUUCUAGCUCACGUAGAUACACGUAGGUACAUGGGAAAACGGUCCUAUGGUUGCAUACCUACAGCCAAUUCAAUGUUUUUAUUAUAUCAUUGACGAAUGAAAAUUCCUUGUUUGUUUCUUUUUUCUUUUAUUUCUUAUCUAAAGCCUUGGCUACUGUAACCGCCGAGGUACAUACAUCAUCUUAUUUACAGGGGUUUGAGAAUGAUACAGGCUUAUAUGAGUCAGAUUGCUGACAUUACUCGACCCCGCCCUUUGAUGUGCGUGAAGACCUUGCGUUCAGUGGUUAUGCGAACGGUAUGUAAUGAGCUAAGGUUUCAUGUGCGUAAUCUGGCUCGAUGCUGUUGCUCUACCAGGUUACUACCCUUGUAUGUAGUUAUAUUUUUU